AUGUCCACCCUCGUCCCAGGCCCCCACGACUCUUCCGAACAUGCCGCACUCGGCACGGCCGACAGCUUGCCAUCCAUGAACAAUGGGCACCUUGCCGAAAAGUCCUUGUUUACGCGUCUGAGCACCCAUCUGGCGGGCGACGUAGACUCCAAGCAGUGCAACGGCGUUAGCAUCUUUGCUUGUUUCCUCACUGGGUUCUCCAGUGCCAUUUCGUUUACGGCAUGCUACGUCUGGCCGGGAUUCCAAACCGGUAACGUGGCCCAGCUCGCCAUCGCCAUGGCACGCAACUUUGACCCCUCGCCGACUCGCACAAAUGGGUUCCAAAAGGGCGACCAGCAAGCGCUCACUGCGUUGAUCUCGUUCUGGCUCGGCACCAGCCUCGGACGGAUAGGCGAUAGGGUCGGCAACAAGCGGCGCUCGUGGCUGGUCAGUGCCGCACUUAUCCAAGUGCUGCUGGCUCUGACUAGUGCGCUUCUGGCGCACUUCUCGGGAGAAGGAGCUUAUGGCAUUAACCGAUCCACCCCCUCGUGGCGUACACCAAUGGGUAUGGCGGCCCUCGCCUUCCUGUCUUCAUCGCUCGGCCUGCAGGCAAUCGUGGGCAAGCGUAUCGGCUCGCCUAUGAACACGACGGUCGUCCUCACCACCACUUGGGUGGAGAUCUUCAACGACCCCCAGCUGCUCAGCUUCCACGCCGUUCCCAGCAGGGACAUCCGUAUUGCAGGCGUCAUGAGCAUCCUUGUGGGUGCGUUCACCGCCCGUGCACUGCUCGGAGUGGCAGGUGGCGGUGGAACAGUCGGUGUGCUGUGCGGAUUGAGGCUGUUGCAGGCCGUGUGGUGGGGUAGCAUUCCUGAAAAGGCCAUCAUGCUGUAG